AUGAAGCUUAGCAUCGCCGUCAUUGCCACUGGCCUCGCGCUUGUUGGCAGAGCCACAGCCAUCCCGCCCAAAGUACAAAAUGAUGACCCCAAUCCCUCUUUUAAACUCGGUAAAUGUGAACCGGACGGUUAUUGUCAUCUUAGAGACGUUUGGGUGCAUACCGGGUAUCGCGCAGAGGUGAAACUAUGGGAGCAGCGUAGCACUCUUGUCCGGUGCGGUAGCCGUUGUUCAAUCGACAAGCUCCCAGUGAUGGAGCCCCCGGUCAACGUUGGGCCGCCCAACCCACUAGCCAAGGGUGCUCCCAAGAAACCAACCAAGGGUGCUCCCAAGAAACCAACCAAGGGUGCUCCCAAGAAACCAGCCAAGCCCGCGCCCAAAAAGGCUCGCCGUAACCUACGCACCGAAGCAAGAGAUAGGAGGCAUUGA